AUGUCCGGCUUCGAUGAGGGCGCCGUGUUUUACAGCGAUCAGCAGUUCGUGUCCGUGGGCCUAGCGGAGGAUGCCGUUAACCUGACCAAGCAGCAGGCGCUCACCAAGUUUGGGGAAUUCAUCAGGACAUUCCAGAUCGACAAUAAGAGCAGCAGCUUCCCAUAUGCAGACCAGCUUGCCAAGAGCUCGCAACGCUUGCGGGUCGAUCUGGCGCACCUUGCCCAUCCCGUGUACGGCGCCCCCGACCUGGCCAGUGCCCUCACAGAAAAUCCUGCCGACUUCCUGCCCCUGUUCGAGGCAGCCGCCAAGGCUGAGGCACAGCGCAUCCGCUCCCUGGCCGAGGAUGGCAGCGAGCCCGAUGUGGCAGAUGUCCAAGUCAUGCUGCACAAGAGCUCCCCCGCUGGGCACGCUGCGCACACGCUGUCCAUGCGCGACAUCAAGCCCGAGUCAUAUGUGAGUAAGCUGGUCAUGGUGCCGGGCAUCAUCACCGCCGCCUCCCGGCCCAAGCACAAGGCCACCUACAUCACCAUCCAGUGCCGCCAGUGCGGGCACUCACAGCGGCUGGCCUGCCGCCCCGGCGUGGGCGGCGUCACCAUUCCACGCCAGUGCGGCGCCUCCACGGUGCCCGGCCAGGCCUCCAACACCUGCGGCAUGGACCCCUACCUGGUGCUGCCCUCCCGCGCCGAGUGCAUCGACCAGCAGAGCCUGAAGAUGCAGGAACGGCCCGAGGACGUGCCCACGGGGGACCUACCCCGCAGCAUGAUGUGCCUGGUGGACCGGGGCCUGGUGGGCUUGGUGUCCCCCGGCACGCGCGUCACCGCGGUGGGCAUCCUCUCCAUCUACCAGAGCAAGGAGGCGGGGAAGGCGCGGGACAGGGCCGGCGGCGUGGCCAUCCGCCAGUCCUACCUCCGCAUCGUCGGCUUCCAGGAAGAUGUCAUCAACGGCGACUCCUCCCGGAAACCUACCUUCUCCCUGGAGGAGGAGCAGGAGUUCAAGGAGUUUGCCGCCCAGCCGGGGGCCAUGGACCGCAUCUUCGCGCGCAUCGCGCCCAACAUCUUCGGGCACGCCGACAUCAAGCGCGCCAUCGCGGCCCUGCUCUUCGGCGGCGCGCGCAAGCGCAUGCCCGACGGCACCUAUCGCCGCGGCGAUAUCAAUGUCCUGCUCCUGGGCGACCCCAGCACUGCCAAGUCCCAGUUCCUCAAGUUUGCCUCCAAGACCGCGCCCAUCGCCGUGUACACCUCCGGCAAGGGCUCCUCGGCCGCGGGGUUGACGGCCAGCGUCAUCAGGUCUGUUAUUGGGGGCCGGUUCUAUCUGGAGGGCGGCGCUAUGGUGCUGGCGGACGGCGGCGUGGUGUGCAUUGACGAGUUUGACAAGAUGCGGCCCGAGGACCGCGUGGCCAUCCACGAGGCCAUGGAGCAGCAGACCAUCUCCAUUGCCAAGGCCGGGAUCACCACCAUGCUGCGCAGCCGGACCAGCGUGCUGGCGGCGGCCAACCCGCCGUCGGGCCGGUAUGACGACAUGAAGUCGGCGCAGGAGAACAUCGACCUGCAGUCCACCAUCCUCUCCCGCUUCGACCUCAUCUUCAUCGUCAAGGACGAGCGCUCCAUGGCGCGCGACAAGAUGAUCGCGCAGCACGUUCUGGGCGAGGAGGAGUUCCUGAAGCGGUACAUCGAGUACGUGCGUGCCUCGUGCUCGCCGCGCAUCACCGACUCGGCCGCCCGCCUGCUGGCCAACGAGUACGUGGACCUGCGAGGGGAGGCGCAGCGCGCCGCCGGUGCCGAGGGCGCCGACGUCCCCGCCAUCCCCAUCACCGUGCGCCAGCUGGAGGCCAUCGUGCGCGUGUCGGAGGCACUGGCCAAGAUGGGGCUGCAGGCGGUGGCCGGCGAGACCCACGUCCGCGCCGCGCUGGAGCUGUUCAAGGCCUCCACCAUGGACGCCGUCAAGUCCGGACUCAUGGACACCCUGGUCUUCAGCGAGGAGCAGCGCGCCGAGGUGCACCGUGUGGAGGAGCAGAUCAAGCGCCGAGUGGCCAUCGGCUCCUUUGUCUCCGAGCGCAAGCUGCUGGACGAGCUCAGCAGGGUGGGGUUCAACGAGAAUCUGGUGCGCAAGGGGCUGCUCUACCUGCAGAGCAACGGCGACUUUGAGUAUCGGCGAGAGCGGCGGCUGGUGCACCGCAUGCGGUGA